AUUGAGCUUAUUGUUUUGAUGUCCUGAUUUCAUUCUUACAAAAAUAAGAUGUGCCUAAGCCAGCCAACCUUCUAAGAUUUUGAUGCACCUGUAUUUGUGACUUUUAUGCAAACAAAAAAAUAUGAGAGGGUGCAUAGGAAUAUUUUGCCCUGACCCUUUGAGUUAACAAUUAAGAAAAUAUACUUAUUUAUCUGCCUUUAAAGAUAGUCAAUUCCCUCCGAUUUAGAUCAAAGUCUUAGGUUAAUUUGAUGUUGGAGUGAGUUUGUUGGUCAACUUUUAAAAAGACAAAAAUGGAAUCAAAAACAAAUAAGGAAGCAAGGAAUUAUAAUUGAUUUCUAAGAGAAGGAAAGAGGUUUUGAAUCACAAUCAAUUUAUCUAAUCCUUUUUAGAUUGUGGAGCUAUAUUUCUACUCGAAGUAGCAGCUAAAGAAGUGUGGAAUAUCAAUACUAAUUUGCAACAUUUGAUUGCAAAAGCAGGAUAUCGGAAGAAUUACUAAACUUAUUUGAUAAGAUUGAAGUGA